AUGAGGUAUAUGGCCAACCCAGAAACUGAACCUGGAAACAAAGAAAGAAUGAUCGCCUUCUUUCAUGGAUAUAGGAUGAUUGCUUUUUCAACAGAUGCUGUAUCACUGUUCCCUUUUCUAGUUGUGGAUCAGAAGGCAAUUAUGAACCAGAAUGCCACUCAUGCCAGGCCAAGACUGUUCUUUUCUCAGCCAGGAAAUCUACUCCAAGGACGUCCACUUCCUCAUGGAGCUCAUCCAAGUAAUUACUUUCCUGAAAUCCUACUGUUUCUCACAAAGAUAAGGCAGCUUUCUGUCCGAGAAGAUAAUUGUGAUCCAAAAUGCAGCGCAAUAAGUGAGAUAUCCAUGGAGAGUGAAAAGAAUUACCAAGUGAGGAAGAACAUACAUGCUGAGUCAUACACGCUCCAUUUGUCAGCUCAAGAGAAUACUCAACAUGAAGAGUGUGGAUAUUACAUGUGGAGGCAAAAGUUCCGAGUCAAACCGGAGAAUAGAGUGGAUAAACGUGCUGAUAUAGAUGAGUAUGUGAUCACACUGGCCUUCCCACAUGGCCAGCGUCUAGCCCGGGGGAAACGGAUUUUGCCAGGUGUCUAUGCUUUUCUUCCUACUGAGAUUUUAACAAACUUCCCUUUCAUCAUUCAGGCUGAUUUCCUCCUUGCAUCCUCAAGAGAGACAAUACUUGUUGAUAGCAUGUGGAACAAGGGAAUUCUUGAGUGUGUUCCGAGCGCUUUCCUGAAUGCAUUUGUAGCACUUGUGAAGUCGAGAGCUGAUUAUCCAGCAAUGUCACUGCCAUCCAUGUUCAACUUCCUACCAGUGCAUCCUUCACAUGUACCAUUUCUAGAGCCACUUAGGUGUGUCAUCAAAGAAAAGGUUCUUGCUGAGGAUAUUAUGCCAUGUGAGUCUUAUACUCUGCAGAAGAUGUUUUGCAAACCAGGUGAAGUUGGGCGGCUCAAGCCAGACUUCUGGGCUAUCCUCAGGAAAGCACAAGAAGCUGGAGUGGAUUUGAAGAAUCUAUCAGCUCAUGGAACCUACAUUGUUAGUUGUCAUUUUGAUAAGAGUAUAUACGACAAUGUGUUUUCAUUUCUGGAUGUAAAAGGUGUGAGUGCCGAAUGGUAUGCGAAAUGCAUUGAAGGGUCCAAUCUUGCCGAUGAGCUACCUGAAGACCUUUAUAUUGAACUUCUACAUUUUGUGGCAACAAAUUGGGACAGUCUUUUGAGUGCAAGAAUGAAAUCUAUUCCCUUACUGAAGUAUGUUGACAGUUAUGGUGUUUCCUCUUUCUGGAGCAUAUCAAGAGCUGGUCAGUCUAGUGACAGACUAUGCAUCUCUCAGAAGUUCAUACAAUGGCUCGUCAACUGGAACCAGGAGUUUCCCUCUUGCAAACAGUUUUUUCUUCCCCUCAGUACACACAGAGCUCUGUUUAAGUUCUCUAAGUACGAUUUUUUGGUAAACUGGCUUCGGAACUGUGUGAACGUGCAGGUUGUCUCUGUCUAUAGCUAUGGACUUAACAUUGCUAAAUCUUUGGACUCUGACCGCAGAUCUAUAGUCGCAUUCGCCCACUUCUUAUACCAUUCAUUUAAGAUUAGCCACAUAGAGAAUAAAUACUUUCUGAUAGAGCUGUGCCGUUCCAUGCCGAUCAUUAACAUCUAUGGGAAGGUGGUGAAGACAAAAAACAUUGUUCUUGUUCCUGCUAAGGGCAGCAAAUGGGUCAGGUUAAUGGGCACCAACCCAUGGAAGGAUGAGAAAUACACAGUAUUGGCAGCAGACUACAUGUCUUCGGCUAAUUUUGCCAGGAACACCACACCUGAUGGCCAGCUCUUGAAAUUCUUGACAGAGCACCUGCCGGUCUUAGAUGUACCAUCUGUAGACCCUCCAGAUGCAAGCUUCCCUACAGUCUCAUCGCCAUUAACCGUUGAUAAUGCAUUAUUGCUCUUGGAGUGGCUACAGAAUCUCAAGUCUCGUGGAGUAAAACUGCCAGCCAAGUUUGUGGAUUGUAUCAGUAAGGGAAAUUGGCUGAUGACAUCUGCUGACUACAGAUCACCUAGCGAAUCGUUUAUGUCCAGUGCAGAGUGGACAGGUCUUCUGCAAAUUGGAUCUUCGUUUGUUGACAUACCAAUCAUUGAUCAGCAAUUCUACCAAAACAAGCUGCGUCUGUAUAAUGAGGAACUCAAAGCAAUUGGGGUGAGAUUUGAAUUUAAUGAGGCAUCCGUGUACAUUGGUAGUCACCUGAUGUCCAUUGCUGAAAGCAAUAUGCUAACCAGAGAUAAUGUGUAUUCACUGCUUCAGCUGAUUCGGUUUCUGCAAGAGAGCAAUCUGCCUACAGGUGCUCUCGUUGACAGUGUGAGUAGCGGAGAAUGGAUGAAGAGUACUCUUGGCUAUAGAUCUCCAGCUAAUUGCAUUAUCUACGACUCAGACUGGGCAGUGGCAUCAUGUAUCAGUAUCCUACCAUUUCUUGAUGUACAGUUCUAUGGAGAAAACAUCCUUGACUAUCAACCAGAGCUUGAGUUGCUUGGUGUUCUUGUUGGAUUUGAAGAUGACUAUAUAGUUGUGAUUGAUAACUUUGAGUUCAGUUCCAAUGCUAUUUCUUCAGAGGCAACUGUACUAAUCCUGAAAUGUCUCCGUUAUGUGAGCCCAUGUGAUGAUUUCAUAACUAAACUCAAGGAUAUAAAAUGGAUAAAGACUAAUGUAGGAUUUUGUGUUCCAAGUAAAUCAUUUCUCAUUGAGCCUGAAUGGGAGUGCCUUCUGAAGGUCUUUGAUGAAGUACCCUUAAUUGAUCUGGGGUUCUAUGGGGGUGUCAUCAGUCUAUACAAAGAAGAGCUGAAGAAGACUGGGUUGAUUGCAGGACACAUGGAGGCUUCAAAUGCUCUAGCUGAUCUUUUCAAGCAGAUGGUGUCAAAAUCAUCGCUCACCAAAGCAAAUGUCCUUGCAUUGCUUGCAUCCUAUCGACAAUUGAAGUCACAUGAGCCAUCUCCCAUGAAGCUUUUCAACUGCUUGCGUGACGAGAAGUGGCUGCACACAUCACAUGGAUUCAGGAGCCCAUCAGAUGCUAUUCUCUUUGAUGAGUCAUGGUGGUUGUUAUCUCCCAUUGCAAGCUUACCCUUCAUAGAUGAUGGGGACUCCUGCUAUGGCUUACCCAUCCACUACCGUUAUUUUGCUAUCAAUGAUGGGUAUUUUCGUCAUUUGGCUAACUCCUUAAUUCUUUCUUGGGAAGCUAGGACUUGA